UCACAUUUCGAAAAAACUAUCUGCCUUCUCCACUCCAACUCACCCAUCCUUCCCCCUCCCUUUUCCCCUUUCUAAUUCUGCCUAUAUAUACCUCCCAUAUUAGGCCAUUACCUCCAUUGCCAACCAUCAUCGUCUCCUAUAGAGAAGAGAAACCAUAGCAGAAAUGGGUUCCCUCCCUCAUGUAGUAGAAGAUUGCGGGGGUGUUGUCCAACUCUUCAGUGAUGGCACCAUUUAUAGGUCCAAAGACAUAGGGUUCCCCAUCCCAAUCAUCAAUGACCAGUCCAUCGUCUUCAAGGACUGCCUCUUUGACAAAACAAACAACCUCCACCUCCGUCUCUACAAACCCACUUCAAUGUCACCGUCAUCCCCUGCAAAGAAGUUUUCUGUCAUUCUUUUCCUUCAUGGAGGUGGCUUUUGUGUAGGCACGCGUGACUGGCCUAACUUUCACAACUGCUGCCUUAAACUAGCUUCUGGGCUCAACGCCCUCGUUGUGGCCCCGGACUAUCGUUUGGCCCCAGAACAUAGGCUCCCGGCGGCCAUGGAGGAUGGAUAUAGUGCCUUGCAGUGGCUCCAAGCUCAGGUUUUGAGCGACAAAGGUGAUGCAUGGGUCAAUGGUGGUGAGGUUGACUAUGACCAGGUUUUUAUCUUGGGUGACUCGUCUGGUGGCAAUAUUGCACACCACUUAGCCGUUCAGAUCGGGGCUGGUUCGACUGGGUUGGCUCCAGUUCGGGUAAGAGGAUAUAUCCUAAUGGCACCAUUUUUUGGAGGGGUUGCCAGGACAAAAUCAGAGGAAGGGCCUAGUGAACACUUGUUGAACUUGGAAAUACUGGAUCGCUUUUGGAGGCUAUCUAUGCCUGCUGGAGCAAGUAGGGACCACCCCUUGGCUAACCCAUUUGGACCAGGUAGCUUGAAUAUUGAACUGGUGGCUCUUGAUCCAAUCUUGGUGAUUGUAGGUAGCUGUGAAUUGUUGAGAGAUAGAAGUGAGGAUUAUGCAAGGAGGUUGAAAGAGAUGGGGAAGAAAAUUGAGUACGUUGAAUUUGAGGGGAAGCAGCACGGUUUCUUCACCAAUGAUCCUUACUCAGAAGCUUCAGAAGAGGUUAUUCAAGGCAUGAAGAGGUUUAUGAUCGAGAACUCUUGUUAAAAGAAUAAUACCUCAAGUCUUCAUGAUCUAGUCAUUACUGCCUAGCUAGCUAGCUUGAUAUUGGUAAUAAUUACUUUUUUCGUAAUCGCAGGGGCCUAUAAUUAAACUUAUUACUCAUGUAUGGGAUUAUAGCAUAUAAAGAAGCUUGCUCGAUCAUAAA